CCUUUGGGGCUCAGGAUGAGGGUGGCCUCGGGCCUGAUUGAGAGCCAGACGGGGGAGGCCAGGCAGGGCUGUGUGUCCCGGUGUCCGCGGCGGCAGGGGCCUCAGGCUGUGACAACUUCCACCCAGGGCGUCCAGGGCCCAGGCCCGGCGCAGCUCGGCGCUCUGGCAGGAAUCUGGCACCUAGCCUGGGUAGGGGCUGGACCCAGCGGAGCCCAUCCAGGUUUCUGGAAGGCCUGGCCUCCAGGUCACAGGCAGGCACGGUCCACGUCGGCUGCCCGGCCCUGUUCCAGCCCGCUGCCCCUGCCAGGCUGGGAGAGCGCUGUCCUCCACGGCACAGACCAUGGUGGGCUGUGUGACUGCGGCUGCUCAUCCACCCCUCUGAGCUCCCCCGUAAACACUAACACACGUGGGUCCCGAUGGGACAUAGCGUGGCUUCACUCCGCACGCGGGCCUGUUCGCAGUGCUCCCAGGCCUCGUCCAGAAGGCUCUCCAGAGACCAGCCCAGCCCAGGAUUUGGGUGACAUCAUGGAAGGGCGCUGGUGGCUCAGACGCUGCAGCGGGGCCUUCGCGGGCCAGCAAUGCCAGGCCCCCAACCCCUGCCUCAGCGCCCCCUGCAAGAACGGCGGGACAUGCCACACGGUGGAACGAGACGGCCUGGUGGACUACACCUGCAGCUGCCGCCUGGGCUUCUCGGGGCCGCUCUGCCUGACGCCCCGAGACCACGCCUGCCUCGCCAGCCCCUGCCUCAACGGCGGCACCUGUGACCUGCUCACGCUGGCCGAGUACAAGUGCCUCUGCCCCCCAGGCUGGUCAGGGAAGACAUGCCAGCAGGCUGACCCCUGCGCCUCAAACCCGUGUGCCAACGGAGGCCAGUGCCUGCCCUUCGAGGCGUCGUAUAUCUGCCACUGCCCAGCCGGCUUCCACGGCCCCACGUGCAGGCAGGACGUCAAUGAGUGCAGCCAGAGCCCCGGGCUCUGCCACCACGGCGGCACCUGCCUCAACGAGGUCGGCUCCUACCGCUGCGUCUGCCGCCCCACCCACACCGGCCCCCACUGCGAGCUGCCCUACGUGCCUUGCAGCCCCUCCCCCUGCCAGAACGGGGGCACCUGCCGCCCCACGGGGGACACCACCCACGAGUGCGCCUGCCUGCCAGGCUUCACUGGCCAGAACUGCGAGGAAAACAUUGACGACUGCCCGGGGAACAAUUGCAAGAACGGAGGCGCCUGUGUGGACGGCGUGAACACCUACAACUGCCGCUGCCCCCCAGAGUGGACAGGUCAGUACUGCACGGAGGACGUGGACGAGUGCCAGCUCAUGCCCAACGCCUGCCAGAACGGCGGGACCUGCCACAACACCCACGGCGACUACAACUGCGUGUGCGUCAACGGCUGGACGGGUGAGGACUGUAGCGAGAACAUCGACGACUGCGCCAGCGCCUCCUGCUUCCAGGGUGCCACCUGCCACGACCGUGUGGCCUCCUUCUACUGCGAGUGUCCCCACGGCCGCACGGGUCUGCUGUGCCACCUGAAUGACGCCUGCAUCAGCAACCCCUGCAACGAGGGCUCCAACUGCGACACCAACCCCGUCAACGGCAAGGCCAUCUGCACCUGCCCCUCGGGGUACACGGGGCCGGCCUGCAGCCAGGAUGUGGACGAGUGCUCGCUGGGCGCCAACCCCUGUGAGCACGCGGGCAAGUGCAUCAACACGCUGGGCUCGUUCGAGUGCCAGUGUCUGCAGGGCUACACCGGCCCGCGCUGCGAGAUCGACGUCAACGAGUGUGUGUCGAACCCGUGUCAGAACGAUGCCACCUGCCUGGACCAGAUCGGGGAGUUCCAGUGUAUCUGCAUGCCCGGCUACGAGGGCGUGCACUGCGAGGUGAACACGGACGAGUGCGCCAGCAGCCCCUGCCUGCAGAACGGCCGCUGCCUGGACAAGAUCAAUGAGUUCGUGUGCGAGUGCCCCACGGGCUUCACCGGGCACUUAUGUCAGUAUGACGUGGACGAGUGUGCGAGCACGCCCUGCAAGAAUGGCGCUAAGUGCCUGGACGGGCCCAACACCUACACCUGCGUGUGCACGGAAGGCUACACGGGGCCCCACUGCGAGGUGGACAUCGACGAGUGUGACCCCGACCCUUGCCACUACGGGUCCUGCAAGGACGGCGUGGCCACCUUCACCUGCCUGUGCCAGCCGGGCUACACGGGCCACCACUGCGAGACCAACAUCAACGAGUGCCACAGCCAGCCCUGCCGCCACGGGGGCACCUGCCAGGACCGCGACAACUCCUACCUCUGCUUCUGCCUCAAGGGGACCACAGGACCCAACUGCGAGAUCAACCUGGACGACUGCGCGAGCAACCCCUGCGACUCCGGCACGUGUCUGGACAAGAUUGACGGCUACGAGUGUGCGUGUGAGCCGGGCUACACAGGGAGCAUGUGUAACAUCAACAUUGACGAGUGCGCAGACAGACCCUGCCACAACGGGGGCACCUGCGAGGACGGCAUCAACGGCUUCACCUGCCGCUGCCCCGAGGGCUACCACGACCCCACCUGCCUGUCCGAGGUCAACGAGUGCAGCAGCAAUCCCUGCAUCCACGGGGCCUGCCGCGACAGCCUCAACGGGUACAAGUGUGACUGUGACCCCGGGUGGAGCGGGGCCAACUGUGACGUCAACAAUGACGAGUGUGAGUCGAACCCCUGCGUCAACGGGGGCACCUGCAAGGACAUGACCAGCGGCUACGUGUGCGCCUGCCGGGAGGGCUUCAGUGGCCCCAACUGCCAGACCAACAUCAACGAGUGCGCAUCCAACCCAUGUCUCAACCAGGGCACGUGUAUCGAUGACGUGGCAGGGUACAAAUGCAACUGCCUCUUGCCCUACACAGGGGCCACGUGUGAGGUGGUGCUGGCCCCGUGUGCCCCCGGGCCCUGCAGAAACGGCGGCGAGUGUCGGGAGUCAGAGGAUUACGAGAGCUUCUCCUGCGCCUGCCCCGCAGGCUGGCAGGGGCAGACCUGUGAGAUUGACAUCAACGAGUGCGUGAAGAGCCCGUGCCGCGCGGGCGCCUCCUGCCAGAACACCAACGGCGGCUACCGCUGCCACUGCCAGGCGGGCUACACGGGGCGCAACUGCGAGACAGACAUCGACGACUGCCGGCCCAACCCGUGCCACAACGGGGGCUCCUGCACAGACGGCAUCAACACGGCCUUCUGCGACUGCCUGCCCGGCUUCCAGGGUGCCUUCUGCGAAGAGGACAUCAACGAGUGUGCCAGCAACCCCUGCCGCAACGGCGCCAACUGCACCGACUGCGUGGACAGCUAUACCUGCACCUGCCCCACGGGCUUCAGCGGCAUCCACUGCGAGAAUAACACGCCCGACUGCACGGAGAGCUCCUGCUUCAACGGCGGUACCUGCGUGGACGGCAUCAACGCCUUCACCUGCCUGUGUCCACCCGGCUUCACGGGCAGCUACUGCCAGCACGACGUCAACGAGUGUGACUCUCGGCCCUGCCUGCACGGCGGCACCUGCCACGACAGCUACGGCACCUACAAGUGCACCUGCCCGCAGGGCUACACGGGCCUCAACUGCCAGACCCUCGUGCGCUGGUGCGACUCCUCCCCCUGCAAGAACGACGGCCGGUGCUGGCAGACCAACGCGAUGUACCGCUGCGAGUGCCACAGCGGCUGGACUGGCCUCUACUGCGACGUGCCCAGCGUCUCCUGUGAGGUGGCCGCGCGGCAGCAAGGCGUCAACGUGACCCACUUGUGCCGGAACGGGGGCCUCUGCAUGAACGCGGGCAACACACACCACUGCCACUGCCAGGCUGGCUACACGGGCAGCUACUGUGAGGAGCAGGUGGAUGAGUGCUCACCCAGCCCCUGCCAGAACGGGGCCACCUGCACCGACUACCCCGGCGGCUACUCCUGCGAGUGUGUGGCCGGCUACCAUGGGGUGAACUGCUCCGAGGAGGUGAACGAGUGCUUGUCCCAGCCCUGCCGGAAUGGGGGCACCUGCAUCGACCUCACCAACACCUACAAGUGUUCCUGCCCCCGCGGCACGCAGGGCGUGCACUGCGAGAUCAACGUGGACGACUGCAACCCCCCCAUCGACCCUGUGUCCCGGGGCCCCAAGUGCUUUAACAACGGCACCUGCGUGGACCAGGUGGGCGGCUACAGCUGCACCUGCCCGCCCGGCUUCGUGGGUGAGCGCUGCGAGGGCGACGUCAACGAGUGCCUGUCCAACCCCUGCGACGCCCGCGGCACCCAGAACUGCGUGCAGCGCGUCAACGCCUUCCACUGCGAGUGCCGCGCCGGCCACACCGGACGCCGCUGCGAGUCGGUCAUCAACGGCUGCAAGGACAGGCCCUGCAAGAACGGGGGCAGCUGUGCGGUGGCCUCCAACACGGCCCGCGGGUUCAUCUGCAAAUGCCCAGCGGGCUUCGAGGGCGCCACGUGUGAGAACGACGCCCGCAGCUGUGGGAGCCUGCGGUGCCUGAACGGCGGCACGUGCAUCGCGGGCCCGCGCAGCCCCACCUGCCUGUGCCUGGGCCCCUUCACCGGCCCCGAGUGCCAGUUUCCAGCCAGCAGCCCCUGCGUGGGCGGCAACCCCUGCUACAACCAGGGCGUCUGCGAGCCCACCGCCGAGAGCCCCUUCUACCGCUGCCGCUGCCCCGCCAAGUUCAACGGGCUCCUGUGCCACAUCCUGGACUACAGCUUUGGGGGCGGCGUGGGCCUCGACAUCCCCCCGCCGCAGAUCGAGGAGACGUGCGAGCUCCCCGGCUGCCGCGAGGAGGCCGGCAACAAGGUCUGCAGCCUGCAGUGCAACAACCACGCGUGCGGCUGGGACGGCGGCGACUGCUCCCUCAACUUUGACGACCCCUGGCAGAACUGCACGCAGUCCCUGCAGUGCUGGAAGUACUUCAGCAACGGCCGCUGCGACAGCCAGUGCAACUCGGCCGGCUGCCUCUUCGACGGCUUCGACUGCCAGCGCGCAGAAGGCCAGUGCAACCCCCUGUACGACCAGUACUGCAAGGACCACUUCAGGGACGGGCACUGUGACCAGGGCUGCAACAGCGCGGAGUGCGAGUGGGACGGGCUGGACUGCGCGGAGCACGUGCCCGAGCGGCUGGCGGCCGGCACGCUGGUGCUGGUGGUGCUCAUGCCGCCCGAGCAGCUGCGCAACCGCUCCCUGCACUUCCUGCGGGAGCUCAGCCGCCUGCUGCACACCAACGUGGUCUUCAAGCGCGACGCCAGCGGCCAGCAGAUGAUCUUCCCCUACUACGGCCGCGAGGAGGAGCUGCACAAGCACCCCAUCAGGCGCUCCGUGGACGGCGGGGCCCCGCUGCUCCCGGGCGGCGGCGGCGGACGCCGGCGCAGGGAGCUGGACCCCAUGGACAUCCGCGGGUCCAUCGUCUACCUGGAGAUUGACAACCGGCAGUGCGUCCAGUCAUCAUCCCAGUGCUUCCAGAGCGCCACGGACGUGGCCGCCUUCCUGGGUGCGCUGGCCUCGCUGGGCAGCCUCAACAUCCCCUACAAGAUCGAGGCCGUGCAGAGUGAGACGGUGGAGCCGCCCCCGCCCCCGCCGCUGCACUUCAUGUACGUGGCCGUGGUGGCCUUCGUGCUGCUGUUCUUCGUGGGCUGCGGGGUGCUGCUAUCGCGGAAGCGCCGGCGGCAGCAUGGCCAGCUCUGGUUCCCCGAGGGCUUCAAGGUGUCGGAGGCCAGCAAGAAGAAGCGGCGCGAGCCCCUCGGCGAGGACUCCGUGGGCCUCAAGCCCCUGAAGAACUCCUCGGACGGCGCCCUCAUGGACGACAACCAGAACGAGUGGGGCGACGAGGGCCUGGAGGCCAAGAAGUUCCGGUUCGAGGAGCCCGUGGUCCUCCCUGACCUGGACGACCAGACAGACCACAGACAGUGGACUCAGCAGCAUCUGGACGCCGCCGACCUGCGCGUGUCUGCCAUGGCCCCCACGCCUCCCCAGGGCGAGGCCGAUGCCGACUGCCUGGACGUGAACGUCCGUGGGCCGGACGGCUUCACGCCCCUCAUGAUCGCCUCCUGCAGCGGAGGGGGCCUAGAGACAGGCAACAGCGAGGAGGAGGAGGAUGCGCCUGCGGUCAUCUCGGACUUCAUCUACCAGGGCGCCAGCCUGCACAACCAGACAGACCGCACCGGCGAGACUGCCCUGCACCUGGCCGCCCGCUACUCGCGCUCCGACGCGGCCAAGCGCCUGCUGGAGGCCAGUGCGGACGCCAACAUACAGGACAACAUGGGCCGCACCCCGCUGCACGCGGCCGUGUCUGCCGACGCGCAGGGCGUCUUCCAGAUCCUGAUCCGGAACCGAGCCACCGACCUGGACGCCCGCAUGCACGACGGCACGACCCCGCUAAUCCUGGCUGCCCGCCUGGCUGUGGAGGGCAUGCUGGAGGACCUCAUCAACUCCCAUGCCGACGUCAAUGCUGUGGACGACCUGGGCAAGUCCGCCCUGCACUGGGCGGCCGCGGUGAACAACGUGGAGGCCGCUGUCGUGCUGCUGAAGAACGGGGCCAACAAGGACAUGCAGAACAACAAGGAGGAGACGCCCUUGUUCCUGGCCGCCCGGGAGGGCAGCUACGAGACGGCCAAGGUGCUGCUGGACCAUUUUGCCAACCGGGACAUCACGGACCACAUGGACCGCCUGCCUCGCGACAUCGCGCAGGAGCGCAUGCACCACGACAUCGUGCGGCUGCUGGACGAAUACAGCCUGGUGCGCAGCCCCCCGCUGCACGGCGCCCCCCUGGGCGGCGCGCCCACCCUGUCGCCCCCGCUCUGCUCGCCCAACGGCUACCUGGGCAACCUCAAGCCCCCCAUGCAGGGCAAGAAGGCCCGCAAGCCCAGCACCAAGGGCCUGGCCUGCGGCGGCAAGGAGCCCAAGGACCUUAAGGCUCGGAGGAAGAAGUCCCAAGACGGCAAGGGCUGCCUGCUGGACAGCGGGAGCGUGCUCUCGCCCGUGGACUCCCUCGAGUCCCCCCACGGCUACCUGUCAGACGUGGCCUCCCCGCCCCUCCUGCCCUCCCCUUUCCAGCCAUCUCCCUCCGUGCCCCUCAACCACCUGCCCGGGAUGCCCGAGGCCCACCUGGGCGUCAGCCACCUGAGCGUGGCAGCCAAGCCCGAGAUGGCGGCGCUCAGUGGGGGCGGACGGCUGGCCUUCGAGGCAGGGCCACCGCGCCUCUCCCACCUGCCUGUGGCCUCCAGCACCAGCACCAUCCUGGGUGCCGCUGGCAGUGGGGGCGGUGGGGCUGUGAAUUUCACCGUGGGUGGAGCCGCGGGCUUGAAUGGCCAGUGCGAGUGGCUGUCCCGGCUGCAGAACGGCCUAGUGCCCAACCAGUACAACCCGCUGCGAGGGGGCGUGACGCCGGGCACCCUGAGCACGCAGGCUGCCGGCCUGCAGCAUGGCACGGUGGGCCCGCUGCACGCCCCCGCCCUGUCCCAGGUGAUGAGCUACCAGGCCCUGCCCAGCACGCGGCUGGCCUCCCAGCCUCACCUGGUGCCGACGCAGCAGCUGCAGCCGCAGCAGAACUUACAGAUGCAGCCGCCGAGCAUGCCACCGCAGCCAAACCUGCAGCCGCCGCCGCCGCACCUCGGCGUGGGCUCAGCCGCCAGCGGCCACCUGGGCCGGAGCUUCCUGGGAGGGGAGCUGAGCCAGGCGGACGUGCAGCCGCUGGGGCCCGGCAACCUGGCCGCGCACACCGUGCUGCCGCAGGAAGGCCAGGCCCUGCCCACGUCGCUGCCGUCCGCGCUGGCCCCGCCCAUGACCACCGCCCAGUUCCUGACGCCCCCCUCCCAGCACAGCUACUCCUCCUCCCCCGUGGACAACACCCCCAGCCACCAGCUGCAGGUGCCCGAGCACCCCUUCCUCACCCCGUCCCCCGAGUCCCCCGACCAGUGGUCCAGCUCCUCGCCACAUUCCAACAUCUCCGAUUGGUCCGAGGGCAUCUCCAGCCCGCCCACCAGCGUGCCGUCCCAAAUCGCCCACGUCCCAGAGGCGUUCAAGUAAACAGCCGGCUGCCCCCAGGACCCUGCGCUUCCUUUCCCAAGCCCUGCUGGGGCGUGUGCGUGCGCUCCAUGGAUGCUGGGGCUGACCAAAGGAGCUUUUUUUCAACAAAUGUGUUUUUAUACAAAAUAAGAGGACAAGGAUUUUUAAUUUUUUUUUCUAGUAUUUAUUUAUGUACUUUUAUUUUACAUGGAAACACUGCCUUUUUAUUUAUAUGUACUGUUUUGUAUGGCAUCAGGUAGAAACUUUUAUCUGCUCCAAGAAAAUAAACUAGUUCUCAGUCAUGAUUUUCCUACUUAGGAUAAAGACUCUUAGGUAUUUGUAAAAUAUAAACAAAGAUUCAUGAUGUGCAAAUGCCAUUUAUUUAUUGAUUUCCUCUUUUUUGAAUCCUGAAAGAAAUGAUGUCAGACAAGGGCGGUUUGAGCCAGCAUUGUUUAGAAAGCUCCAGGGGUGCCCGGGGGCCUGCUUUGAUUUCCCCAGACAUCCCCUCACCCCCACCUCCAAACCUGGACCUCCCUCCUCCCAGGACCGCCUGCAUCUUAUGAAAAGAUGCGUCUAGAGAAAGAAAAGCAAGCCCUUUACUCCUUUGGCACGUGGGUUACUUUGUACCUGAAGUAGGAAAGUAAAGUGUAAAAUGAUGUGGUUCAUGCAUUUCGGUGUACUUUUAAACUUUUUAAAGAUAUGUCUCUCAAAACGUGUUCUUGGGGUAUGCCAAGGGUACAUUUCAUGGUACCAAUCAUGAAUCUUUGUUGCAGUUUCAGUAUUACGUAGUUGUUCUUUGGUAUUGUGAGUUCUUGUUCUUUCUGGAGGCUCCCCUGCCCCUCGCCCCCGCUGAUGUUUAAGCAUCAUGUAAGAAGUUGGAGGUGUGGCCAUGUGGUACCCACCUUGGACCCCACGUUGGGGAGGCCUCCCCCUUCCUGGGGAAAGACACCGCUGGGCUGCCCUGUUGGAGGCAUCUCAACUUGAACUGCAUCUCCCAGGUUCAGCGGAAGAUGAACUGGCGCCCCUGGGGCCCAGUGCUGACGGGCCCGGUUUUUAUAGGAGACUUGGAAAAACGUGGGUGCGUCCAGCCUCAGUGCUCAGAGACCCUGGUUCCAGGGCCUGGCGCGCCCUGGGGUGCUCGGGUCACCAGGAGCCUGCUCGCGGGCCACCCCUUCCAGUUCAGGGGGUGGGUGUGCGCCCCGGGGUAGAGCAGAGUUUUACAUUAUCAAGUAUAAGCCUGUGGCAGAUACAUAUCUGUAAAUACAUUUUUAAAGGGUGAUUUUGUUUAAGAAAUCUGUUUGAACAAAUCUGUCAGGGUCGUGCUGAUAAGGGAUGUCAGAACCCAGGCCCCACGACCCGCAGCUGCCGAACAGUAGCUCCUGAGAGCAAAGCCGGGGGGUCCUGCUGCCCACCGCACUGAGUCUGCUGCCCCGGCCUCGCCGGGUGUGCUGUGGGGCCACCCCUAGUGGGCACGAUCAGACUCUUCCUAAGACAUGGCUUUUUGUGUUUUAUAAGAUAGAGUGUAGUUUACAUAAAAAGAAAACUUUUUUAAAAAGUUAUCUACCUACAAAACUGUAGGUGAUGAAAAUGAUGUAUUUUUUUUCAUCUUUUUUGUUAACAGAUUUGCAAUAAAAAUGAUUCCGAUGGUCGUCCAGAUUUUGCUAAACUC